CUUACCUUUACUUCCUCCAACCCACAUCACGCGACAGUCAACUACCACGAGAUUAUCACUCGAACCGCAAUCUGCUCACACAAUCACUUCAAGAAUCUAACUCAGAACAACUCAGCAAUGCGCGCAUACUUCGACGUUGCCUUUGCGCUGCCGCUCAUCGCUGCGGGCGCGCACCUGGGCCAUCGCCACAGUCAUGAUCAUGCCGACGUUCAUCGCCGCGCGGUCAAAACUGAUGUCGUCGUUGUCACCGAGACGGUAUAUCUUACGCUGACUGCAGAGCCCAUCUCGACCUCACCACAAUCUUCUAGCUGUGCCGCCGUCAGCACCUCGACUGCGGCUCCACCGUCCAUUACUUUCAACUUCCCGGAGAAGGGGCCAUCCGAUAUCGCGUCCAGGUCUGCGUCGUCUUCUGCCGCAUCGUUCUCUGCUGCGCCAUCAUCUGAUUUACCACCUAAGACUCCAUCAUCUACCGGCAACCUCUAUGCGCCUUUGAGCUACGAACCGCAUACUGCCAUCAUUGUCAACUCCUGCGACUAUGGCGUCUACGUAUCUUCAAUCGGCGACGUCACUACCUGUGGCCCCGGAAAGAUUUGCGAGCUUGUUCCCGCUAACACCACCUACUCCGAACCCAUCCGCAGCUGCGGCGACUCUGGAAUCUCCCUCAAGGUCUCAAAGACGGAGUCAAUGGCCCAGCCGAUGCAGUUCGAAUAUACUGUCUGGCCUGACAGCACCACCAUGUCCUACGAUAUCUCCUACUUGGACUGCCAAGUCAAGACUGACGAUGUCUUUGACUUCAGCGCCUGCGUGGGACACGAGAAGGGUAUACAGGCUGCCGCCCCCAAUGGACCCGUCUACGAGUGCGUGGCAAAUGAACCAUGUGCUCAGAAUGCCUACAUUGUACCUGAGUUUGGCUACUUGCCCGGUGCACCGGUCGGUAGUUCCACCAUCGACAAGGGUAUUGCCUUCGAGAUUUGCGCAGAGAACAGGACGUGAGUGGGAGAUGAGGAAGAACGAAAUUCGCGACAACGACUUGAACAUUUCUUUCUCAGUUCGACCAACCGAGUUAUCCGGACGUCUCUUCUUAGGGGCACGAUGGAUUGUUAACGUGUGUACUCAUGUUGUUGUAUUAAUAAUCUGGUUCAAACAUCUUUCUAACAAUUUUCGUACAGGCCCUGAAUACUCCGGGUGGACAACAUACACAGUCUCAUGUGGGUUUACUUUCCUUCUUUGCCUUGCGUUCUUUUGUACAUUCUCUCUGUUGAGGUCU